GCCUCUGUAAAAAUCUCCACUGACAGGUUUUCUGUCUCCAAACACGCCCACCUGUGGGGUUAAUUUUUUACGUGUGAGUGGGAAAGCGAGGCGCGGGGACGGCGCGCCUGCAGAAGGGUCUGUCAGCUGGUUCUGACCCUGUCUGGGUGCUGGACCUGCAGGCCGGCUGCACAGGUAUGACAGGUAUGAGCUGCAGAUACUGUUGACGGAGCUCCUCUCAGCCGCUUUCUGCAGCUCCGGUGGAAUUUUCCUUCGGCUGCAGCGGCUCAGAUCACUCGGAUCCAUCGCAUCAGGCGGGGGAAGAUAUUCCUACAUGUGAGCUGUCAUGUCCACCUGGCCCUGCGUCUCGCAUCAGAUCGCUUUAUGCAAGCGUGCGGCUAAAAAUAACCUUUAGACAGAAGCCUGGUCGCGCUCAAACAUGCGCGUUAUCUGGCCAAAUAUCUGUUGGUGUGUCGCAGGCGGGAGGGACGGAGCCGGUUGAACUGGUCUGACGAGAAGAAGAGGAGGAGAAGGGAGGGCCGGCUGCAGAGAGCAGAGAAGGUGUGAAGAGGAAGGAUAAGAGCGACGGCGGCAGAGGAGACGCAUUCAGAGUGCGGAUCAGACGCUGGCGCCUCGUUUCUGUGAUCCGUAAUGACGUUUGUUGAUCCGAGCUUCACAGAACUGACUCGCAGCAGGAUUACCUGACGGCGUGGACCGGACGUUAUUCCCACCUCAUCAGCUGCUGUUCGCUGAGACUCCUCCGUGUCGGCCUGAGCGCUCCGUCAUGAGCGGUCAGGGUGAGGGAAGUGGAGGAGAAGGGAGCCGCGGGACCAAGAUGCCCCAAAACGUCAAACCCAAACCCAACCAGCCGCCGCAGAACCGCAAAGAGGACUUCUUCUGGAAGGAGAAGUCCCAGAAGGUCAGGCGCUCCAGGAGCAGCGACUCGGAGAGGGCGGAGAGAGGCAGGAGGCGAGAGCGGGACAGGAACCAGAGAGAGCGGCGUCCCCGGGGACGCAGCGAGGAGACCCGCAGACGGGACGGGAAGGACGGGGACGGGAGGCAGCAGAAGCCCGUGGACGUGGUGCAGGACACGGAGUGUGCGGUGUGCUUCUGCUCCUACGACAACAUCUUCAAGACCCCCAAGCUGCUGGCGUGCGGCCACACCUUCUGCCUGGAGUGCCUGGCCCGCAUCAACGUCACGUCCCCGGAGAUCAAGACGCUGUGCUGCCCCGUGUGCCGCCUGCUCACCGAGCUGCCCCACGGCCGGGACCUGCCCCGCCUGGGCAACAACCAGGAGAUCAUCGGCAAGCUGCCGGCCGAGAUGCAGCGGGCGCUCUCCAUCCGCUUCAAGCGCAGCAAGGGCAAGCUGGAGCUGAAGCACCGCCCUGCCCACAGCAAGCCCAACGUCCUCGCUCUGCCCAGGAAGAAGCCCGACCCCCAGCCGCCCGCAGGCGGCGGCAGCCUGAGCGCCGUGGAGGAGGGGGCGGCCACGGCGACCGCGGUGGACGUCGGGAGACCCCCGAGCCGGAUGAGAGGCCGCAUCCGCCGCUUGUUCCACUCGGACCAGUGCUACUACGUGGUGGUGGCGUCCAUCAUCACCAUCACGGUGGCGCUGAUGCUGGUGGGCAUCCUGGCCUUCGUCAUCAUCCCCAACGUGCAAAUCUUCCACAGACCCGUCGGACCCGGAAACUCAACGGGUCAGCCUUCAUCCGACAGCGGGGAGGACUUUGGUCCCUGAGCGGGGCGGAGGGGAGGCACUUUCACUUUUCUCUGGUGUGAAGCGGUGAAGGAAGAACUCUCGCGUCGCGGCGACAUGCGGCAGAACAGGGACGGCUGCAUUCCUCCGGCAGAGGACAAACCGGCUGUGUGAAGGAACCAGAAGGACGCUGCCGCUUGUCCGCGUCUCCGUGCUCAAUGUGAAAACCAAAACUCAUAGAAGCAGGAAGAACGAUGAUCUCCAGACGUUAAAAAGCACUCAGCCUGGUGAUUAAAAUCCCCCCUCAGAGGCUCUUCCUUAUUUAUACCCCAAAAACUCUUUGUACAAACCUAUAAAUUAUGUGUAUAUUUUAAACAGAAGCACAUUCAAUAAAGUCGUUUUUAUUGAG